UAAAAACUUCAUGAGCCAAUUUAGUAUACAAAACAAAGCUGAAGCUUUCCUUAACAACAAGCAAUACAACAAAGUUCCGAAAUCCCACCUCUUACAGAGACACUUUAGUGAGGAUACGGAUAUUGACAAGAGUCUUCUUGAAGAACAUCCUGAAGGGAGACAUAGCCUUAUUACUAGAUAUUCGCAUGUUACCCUAGCUGGCCAGCCAGCUCUCAUGAACAAGGGAAAGGUGAAGCAGGCAGAUGCUGAUAAAUUACAUGACGAUUUAGAAAUGAUAUACAUUAGGAGAAGGAGGUCAUUAAGAAUCCAAGAGCUAUCCUCAGCCAAGGUUCUAAGAAAGAUAGAGCCAACCACUAUCUCUAGAGAUUAUACAAUAAGGGAUGAUAUCAAGUUUUUGCUGAAAACUCUGAGGGAUUCAGAGCUUGAUGCGACUCCUGGAAAACACUGAUUUAUAGACCUCCUUCAUGAAGAAGUGAGUGAGGAAGAGACUCCCUUCGAAGGCAUUAAUGGUUAUAACUUGACCAUCAACAACCUUGAGCCUGUAUAAGGAUUAAAACUUGGUGAAUUUAUGGAGAAGUGAUCACUAAUACUCGUAUUCAGAAGGAGUAUCACUCACUUCCUUGUAUAAUAAUUCUUAUUAAAAAAUUA